UAUCUUCUUCCGGCUGACUUCUGAGUUACUGCUGGACUUUCGGUAUUUAGCUCGUUAACUAAAACUCUCUUUCGUUGCUCUAAUAUCCCGCUGUGUAUUUUAUCUGGUUUGUUCAUACAGUCUAUAGGCGUGCUAUAUUACAACGACUUGUUAUUCUUAAAUAUUAACGUUUUUAUAUCCUUCGACCUGUAAUUGAAACUAACUUCUCCGGCUAGCAUUACUAAGUGAGCUAGGCUAACCUGUCACCAUGGCACCGCUCCGGGUCCUGUGUAUCCAUGGUUACCGUCAGAACGGCAGCUCGUUCCGGGAGAAGACGGGAGCUCUGCGGAAGCUGCUGAAGAAACACGUGGAGCUGGUUUACCUGAACGCACCGCUCAGUGUGCUGCAGCAAGCCAGCAGUGAAGCUCCAGAGAAGGAGAAUGGUUCAGGUCCCGGACCUGGAGGCGACGAGGACUCCAGGGGUUGGUGGUUUUCCGACGUCCAGGCUCGGAGUUUCAACGCUCAGCAGCAGUGUGAGGAAAGUCUGGGGCUCGACGAGAGCGUGACGGCUGUGAGAGAAGCCGUGAAGACCCAAGGUCCAUUUGAUGGCAUCCUGGGCUUCAGUCAGGGAGCCGCUUUUGUGGCCAUGUUGUGCUCCCUUCACGAGCAAAAACUGGAGCCAGAGUUCAGCUUCCGCUUUGCCAUCCUUGUCGCUGGUUUCCGCAGCGCAUGUGAGGAGCACCAAAAAUUCUACGACCCUCCCCUCCAGAUCCCCUCCCUGCAUGUGUUCGGACUGGAAGACCGAGUCAUCCCUGACAACAUGAGCAGGGAGCUCCUCCCCUCAUUCAAAGACCCUCAGGUCUUGACGCACCCUGGUGGCCAUUUUGUUCCUGCUGCAUCUGCUCACAGACAAGCCUACCAGGACUUUCUCAAGAGGUUCCAGUGAGAAACGAAAGUCACAGAAACGAAAGUCAGGUGCUGCUGAAUACGUGAGGCACCAAGCAUGAAGCAUGUUGAUUAUUUAAUGAUCAGAAAAAAUUCGUAAUGCCAUAACUGAUUCCAGAGGCACUUUGGGUAAAAACGCCAAGUUCAGAGUCAUGACCUCUGUUCUCAGGAAACGUUUUUUUUUCCUCUGGUCUGAUCCACCCAAAACAGUGCGAUGACUGUUCUUCUCAGGGAACAUAUCUUGUAACAGACAAUAAAUUGAGUGACAAUUGUUUACUUAA